AUGUCAGCUCAACGCCGCUCUUUGCACCAUAAAGACGCACUGUAUUCUCCAUAUACUCGAAAAACAUCCAGAAAGCCCAAGCUCGAGCAUGUCGACCGUCCACUCUUCGACUCUGACCAAACAUUUGCACCGUUUAUCGACUGCUCCAGCAGUCAUCUUCCCCACACCAAAUCCAUUCGAGCUGAUGGCCUUGGUCACACUCAGCGCCUUCUCUUCAAAAAUAUCAAAAUCGGCGCCAACGAGAUCAGCACCCUUCUCGACAAAGCAGUCCUGGAUCUACUUCCCAUUGACCAUUUUUCGUCCCCUUUGACGCUGUCGUCAGAAGCAAUCGAGUUUCGCUCAACCAAUAGUUCGCGAGGCGUUGGCGCCUUUUCCGUCUGCCCCAUUCCCUCGGCAACCCUCAUCCAUGUUGAAUAUCCUGUGACCGUCGUGCAAAAUACCCUGGUGCUCCUUGACCUCAGUAGCAGUGAAGUCUACCGUGAAUUGUUUAGGCGUGUACCGCAGAGACUUCUACCCGCGCUUAUGUCGCUUUGUAACUCUCAACCUGCCUCAAGUAAACUCGACCCAGAAGAAGCCAUUCUGCGGACCAACGCUAUCGGCAUAUCGCUUCCUCUUCCAAAGUCCUUUGGGGCUGAUUCAACAGGCCACAACGCUGUGUUCCUACAGGCCAGCAGGUUCAAUCACAGUUGUGCCCCCAAUGCCACCGCUCGUUUUGAUCCCGAGUCGUUCACGUUAACCGUACACGCUCUGCGCCCCAUCAAGAAAGGAGAGGAGCUAUUCAUCAGCUACAUUGACCUCACUUCCCCUUCCAUGGCCACUCGCGAUACCCGUCGAGCCGAACUUCUGCACCUCUACCAUUUCUCUUGCUGUUGCGCGAUCUGUUCUCUAUCUGACGUCAGCGAAAGUGACACUCGUCGUCUACGAAUAAACCAAACCUCCCAAUCAGACAUCUUUGCGCCAUUCAGCGCAUGGUACUCCAAUCCAAAUCGUACUCGCCAAGGGCUCGACAGCGUCAUGACAUUUUACCUCAAGGCCACUAACGACAUGGCCAAAGAAGGUCUCGUCUACCGCUUUCGUUACUACCUCCAUCUUAUCUUACUCGCGGGAUGCUAUGCUGCUAUAAAAGACACUCGUAAUUUUCGUUCGUGGCUUGGCAAGGCUCGGGAUGUAGCGAACAGUAGCUACCUGGCAUCAAAGGAGGCCGAGAAACUCUUCCAUUAUAUCAUGAAUCCGACGACAUUCCCAGCUUGGGGUCGGGCGACAUAG